AUGGCGCUGCGUGGCUUUCGGAAGGCCUUGCGCGCUCAGCCGCGCGGUGGAGGUUUGAGGCUGCUCGAGGCGCUGAGAAGCACUAAAGAGGAGGGGCCAAGCUUCAUCAUUGAGGCCAGCCUUUGCGUGAACGAGCUCAGCAAGAGGCCAAAAGAGUUUGACACGGAGACAUGGGAGGAGAUCGCCCACUACUGCACGCCACUCAUGUCCAAGAUGCCGGCGCAGAAUCUAACGCUCACCGUGAAUGCCUUGGCGCACGCGCGGGUGUCCAACUGGACCAGCGCUGCCGAGGAGGCGCUCAUGGAGGUGCGGGAAGGAGGCUUCUCGGCACAGGACCUUUGCCUCACUCUCAGCGCCAUGUCUCGCCUCAGCUGGGCCCCACCCGCCUUGCUGGCGCGCGUGCUGCGCGAUGUGCGUGGCCGCGCACGACGGGACUUGGAACCUCGGGGUGCGGCGGCGCUGGCGCACGCGGUGGCGCAGCUGGGGGAGCACACGGAGUUGGUGGCGGAGGUGGUGCAGGAGCUGGUGCCCACCCUUCGCCGCUUCGCACGGAAGGGCUUUAAGCCGGCCGAAGUGGCCUUGAGUUUGGAUGCUUUGUCGCGCAUGGGUGGAGAGAGCCAUGGGUCAAGCACUGGUAGCUUUCCUUUGCCGCGCUGGGCGGAGGAGGCCAUGGCCGCCUUGGAGGAGGACCUCGCGCGGGUCGCGCAGCACCUGCGCUACCCGGAGCUGGUGAUGGUCCUCGUCGCCUCUGCACGCCGGAGUGGCGGCUUGAGCGGUGGCGUGGGCGGAGUGGGGGAGGAGUUGAUGAAGGCCAUUGAGGCCACCUUCAGCAACUGCCCCACUGCCGAGCUUUGCAUCAUGGUGCAUUGCAUGGCACGGCUUCAGCUGAACUUUGCAAUGUCUCAAGAUUUGGCUUUGGUGAUUUUGGACCACCUGUGUCCUCAGAAGAAUCCUGGCCUCAGGACCGAUUGUUCUUUAGACCACGUCAUCUUACUUCUCCACGCCUUCGCCAAGCUCUCGGUGCGUCCCAGCCAGCCCUACUGGGCGCUGGUCUCGCAGCGCCUGCGCGACGCGGCGCUGGUCUCGCGGUCCAAUGCGGUGCGCCUGUGCCUGGCGGCGGCGAAGCUGGAUCACCGGGGCGUGGCCAUUGGACACGUCUACGGUGUUGCCCUGGAUGGCCUUUUGGCGAACUUGUGCGAUGAAGCCUUUGCAUCGAUGGUCUUUGCGCUGCUGCAUCCCUUCUAUUUCAACCAGCGCCACCUGCAAGAGCUCCUGGUCUACGCCGCUGCUCGCGAGAUUUGUGCCCAAAGCUUGGCACUUCAAGUACGCAUUGGUUUGGUGGCUUUGGUCUACUUGGGAAGCUCCACCUUCCCUUUGCAGGUCGCCCAAAGUCUGACGCGCUUGGAGAAGGCCACUGCUCAACGCGCUGUGUGGCAGCUUCCCGCCCAAGCUUCACCUCUCCAGCAGGACGUCCACGUCCAAACCUGUGCCGCCUUGGGGCUCCCAGCCUCCAAGCUGCAGUCGGAGGCCAUCCGAUGGCCCUUCUCCCUCGACCUGCUCUGGGAGAUUCGGGAGAUUCUGGGAAAGUACGCAGAACAGUCUGGUGCUGAGCACUUCUGGCUCCUUUAUCGUCCCUUCUCACCAACCCAUGUGCACGUCACGCACUCCAAACCCUCACGCAUCCGCUUGCGCCCGGUGGUUGGAAACCACCUUCGUUCGCGCGAUCGCGCGCCCUCCAUGCGGGGGGAGAUCGACCCCGGCGUUGGGCGAGUGAAGGAGGCGCUGAGGCGCCUGGGACAGCCCGAAGUGGACCUGCGGGGUCGAUGUCUUCAUGUGGCUGGCACCAAUGGCAAGGGCAGUGUCACCUGGCUCGAACCAGCAGCGGGCGAAGCAGCCGUUCCAAACCGCAGAGUGGCGGUUCGGGUGGGGUUGGGAGAGGGACGAGAGAAGCCAGGGUGGGUGGAUGAGAGGAACAUUGCUGCAUUACCAAAGUCAAGGACUUCUACCAAGGUGUGUGCCAUGCUUUUCGCGGUUUGCAGGCAUGCUGGCUUUCGCGUCGGCAUGUUCACAAGCCCACAUUUGUUGGAACCCUUGGAUGCCAUUCAGAUGGCCGAGGAGGGUGAGGAGACACCGGUGCAGCCGGAGACCUGGAAGCUCUUGGAAGAGGAGGUCAAGAAGCUUUGCGGACACGCCACGCCCGAGAUCUCAUUGACCAUCUUCGAACUUCAAGUGGUCACGUCCUUGCUCCUCUUCGCACGCCAUCAGGUAGAUGUGGCCAUCAUUGAGGUGGGGAUGGGAGGCCUAGAGGAUGCCACCAAUGUGCUCCUGGAACCCGCAGCCUGUUGCAUCACCAGCAUUGCCCUGGACCACGAGAAGUUCUUAGGGCCAACCCAUGAGGACAUCGCCAAGCACAAGGCUGGCAUUUUCCAACGCGGGCGCCCUGCCUACGUUGCUAAGGAUGGCAUGUCAGAGAGCGUCCAGCGAGUCAUCGCUGAAGUCGCUGAGCGUGUCGGAGCACUGCCGAGGCCAUCAGACCUUGCAAGCUCGGUGUCCAAGGUGCCAGGCUUUGAUCCGGUUCAAGUUCCACUGUUGGGCAAUUAUCAGAGGUCCAAUGCUGCGCUGGCACUUGCCAUGCUGGUGGAGCUUCGGGCCACGAAGCUGCCAUUGAGAAGUUGUGCCAAGAUCUUGGACGACCACCAGCUCGACAACAGCAUCAUCCUGGAAGGCAUGGCCAAGACCAGAUGGCCGGGACGCUUGGAUUGGAUCCACCUGGAUGGGAGGCCGGUGUUGCUGGACGGUGCUCACAACCCACACGCAGCCGCGGAGUUGGCCCGUGCCUGGGCACGAAGGAAGGUCGGCCCCGGCAUCUUGGCCAUUGCUGUCCUCCUCGCUGUCCUCCCUCCAGCCUUCCAGGGAAGCUGGGCGCGCGCCUUGCGGGUCGCACGCGGCGCACGGCGGGAGUUGGAGGCUGAGGAUUUCAGAGAGCUUCUGGAGCGGCCACAGGGGGCUGAAGACUUGCAGGAGAUAUUGAAAGAGAUGCUCUCAGAUGAAGACCAACUGAAGGAAUCCAAUGAGACCUUCCAAACUUUGGCAGCUGCACAGAGGGGUGAGGCCGUGGAUCCACUGGCGCGGUUUCUCUCGGAUCCUCAACAGGUUUGGGCCUGGAUGCAAUCCAGCGACAAGACGGAGCGACUAGCCGCCAUGAUGAACCGCUCCCCGCUCUUCGAGAAGCUGCGGAAGUUCGGCGCCGAGGUCCUGGAGCGACGGCAGAUGGCCACGCUGCCGCCCGGCGCGCUGGUGGAGAUCAACGGCCUCAAGGAGGCCUUGCACUUGAAUGGCCUGGUGGGUGAGUUGGCUGAACCAACGCCCGCGGAGCAGGCGGAGAACGCCGAGCGGAGGAUCGUCGACUUGGAGGAUGCGCAGGGCCGUGUGGCGGUACAUCCGAAGAAUCUGGUCUUCCCGCGGCACAAGCCCGGGGAUGCUGUGCUUUUGGAUGCCGAAUUUCAGCCCGGCACCGAGCACGAGGGCCUUGAAGGUCGCGCAGCCGUGGUGUCCACGCUAACCGCAGAGGAGCAGCAAUUGGGCUUCGAUGAGAACUCUGGGCGCUUGGUGGUCGAUGUGCUGAGCUUAUUACCAGGUGGCCCCAUCCUAGAGCGUAUCCUCAUGUGGCCUGAGCAUUUGCAGAGGCGGCCAUUCCAGCCUGGCGACGGCGUGACCUUGCGAGCCUUGCAGUCAGACGAAGGCCUCAACGGACGGCCCGGCAUUGUGCAAGGUCCAGGCUCAGCGGCCUGGAAGUAUUUGGUGAUCUUGGAGGACGGACGUCUCCUGGAUGUUCGCUGGAAGAACCUCCUUCUCACCAGCGCAAUGACUUCAGUGCCGCAGAUGGGGUAG